ACCUUUCCAGCCGGGGGAGGAGGAAGACGCUCGUGUAGAAGCCCGACGUCCCCGCUGUCACUUGUCCCCGGAGCAGCUCACCUGUCCGCCGCCUCUCCUCCACAUGCCAGCAGCGCAAAGUUAGCAGCCCUGCUCCGUCUGUCUGUCCGCCUGUCCGUCCGUCCGUCCGUCCGUCCGUGAGGGAGAUCCUGCUGAUCUGCCUCAUCCGAGCGCUGUGGAAUGAGUUUUAUCACCAACUGGAGGCGAAGCGUGAAGAAAAAUGACAACAAAAAGGACGCCGUGCAGGCACAAGAAAUCUCCAAUGGCCCCAGCUCCCCGAGCCGGUUGUCGGUCAUAGACUGUCCAGACCUGGAUCCCAUCAUCACAGAUUUCAAGUUACAGUUACCAGACGACAAAGAUGCUCUGGAGUCAACAAAACCAUCUAAUGGGUGCCCACGGUCAGACCUGUCCAUAGCUCUGGAGGACUGCAUGGCUGCUCUGGAUCUGUUCCUCAGAAACGACUUUGAGGAGGCGCAGGUCCGGCUUAGAUGCAGGACCAAAGACAGCAUGUACCACGCUCUGACCUACGCCACCAUCCUGGAGAUGCAGGCCAUGAUGACCUUUGACCCGGAGCACAUCCUGGCAGCAGGGAACACCAUGAAGGAGGCCCAGGCUGUGUGUCAGCGUCACCGCAAGAAGUCGACUUUCACCAGCAAAAACUUCACAGAAGAGGAACUCCACGCUGAAGUGUGCUAUGCGGAGUGUCUCCUGCAGAGGGCAGCACUCACCUUCCUUCAGGAUGAAAACAUGAUCAGUUUCAUCAAAGGGGGGAUCAAAGUGAGGAAUAGCUACCAGACAUACAAAGAGCUUCACACCGUCCUCCAGUCCACCAGCUACACUCAUGGCGACAACCACGGCCACUUUGAGGGCGGCGUCAAACUGGGAGUGGGUGCUUUUAACCUGAUGAUUUCCAUGUUGCCCACGCGGACGCUCAAACUGCUGGAGUUUGUUGGCUUCUCUGGUAAUAAGGAGUUCGGGCUCCAGCAGCUCCAAGAGGGUUCUGCAGAAAACACAUUUAGGUCUUUCCUGUGUAACAUGCUGCUGCUCUGCUAUCACACCUUCAUGAGCUUCAUACUGGGCACUGGAGAGGGCGACGUGGAGGAUGCAGAGAAACUGCUGCAGCCGUAUCUCAAAAAGUAUCCUAAGGGAUCCAUCUUCUUGUUCUUCGCUGGUCGAAUAGAGGAGAUCAAAGGCAACCUUGAUGCUGCUAUCAACCGUUUCGAGGAAUGCUGUGAGGCCCAGCAGCAGUGGAAGCAGUUUCACCACAUGUGCUACUGGGAGCUGAUGUGGUGCUUCACAUACAAGAGGCACUGGAAGAUGGCUUACUUCUACGCUGACCUGCUCAGCAAGGAGAACGCCUGGUCCAAGGCUACCUAUGCAUAUAUGAAAGCAGCCUACCUCAGCAUGCUGACUAAGGAUGACUGCCUAACGUUUGGGGAGACCGAGCUCACUCUUUUCAGGCAGGUCCCGGGACUGAAGCAGAAAAUAGCAGGCAAGUCUCUGCCAACAGAGAAGUUUGCGAUUAGGAAAGCCCGCCGCUACCUAGCAGAAAACCCCAUUCCUCUUCCUGCUCCUCCUCUGGAAAUGAUGUACAUUUGGAACGGCUACACAGUCAUUGGCAAACACAGAGACCUGACAGAAGGCAUGCUGAAAACACUAGACGAGGCACAGGCUAAACUCGACAGCAGCCCAAGAACUGAGUUCUCCAUAGACGACCAGUGUCUGGUGAGUCUCCUGAGGGGAUUGUGUCUCAAACACCUGGGGCACCGCGAGGAGGCCGAACACUACUUCACCCUCGUCCUCUGCAAUGAGUCCCAGAUCAAGUACGACCACUACCUGGUUCCUAAUGCCCUGCUGGAGCAUGGUCUGCUGUGUCUGGAGCAAGGCAGAAAUGAUGAGGCUGUUAAACUCCUAGAGGCAGCAAAGCAAAAUUACAAAAACUACUCCAUGGAAUCACGAACACACUUCCGCAUCCAGGCAGCUCUGCACAAGGCCAAGGGCACGGGGGAGAACGGGAUCCUUGUGCCCUCCAGCCCUUAAUGGCCAGACGAGGGCACACCAGACCCAGAGACAGCUUCCUGUUCCUGCAAUCCCACAAUGCACCACUCAGUCCAGCCCAGCCCAACGCAGCGCAGCACAGGGCAGCGGGGAUGGACCUGACAGAGCCAGAUCACUAAACAAACCCUCCUCUAAAUUACUGACACCAACUCCACCCAACCAGCAGCCACAUUCAGCAAGGCUGGCAUCAAGUUCUCAGCCAGUGUCCCCUUCUUCACCUCAGUAGAUAUCAGAGAUAAGACAAUGAAAUGACUCAAUUUGAAGUCAGAUGACACAAAUUAGAAUGAAGUUACAUACUGACAUAUCAUAAAACCAGAUAUGUUUGUGUCAUAUGAUCCAAUUUAACAAAACCCAACGUAUUGCCUAUAAUGUGACCUUUACUUUACUCUGUCCUGUGCCAUUGGACAAAGUUUUGAUUGACAUGUUUGUUAGUUAUCAUCUUUGUUUGAAGUUUUUGUUUUUGUUUUUUUUAAAUCAAAUGCUAUGUGUCCAACUAAGAUAUGACUUCUGUUAAAGUCUUGGAGUCACUGUGUUUUACAGUGCACAAUCUUUAUUCAGUUUGAAUCCUUCUCCCUUUCCCUGAAGCCCCGUUGGAACAUUCUGGAGACACAAACUUAGUAAUGUGGUAUAUUUUGUACAGUCUCUCUGUGAAGAAAUGACUAAAUCUCCACCACCACCAUUAUAUCCUGGUGUAUUCAAAUUCAUGGUCCCAAGUACUGGCUUCUGCACAGAGCUAACCAUGCAAACUCUCCUGAGUCCAAAAAUGUCUACCUGACUUAGGGUUAGGGUUCUUCUUUAUGUUUUAUAUAUUAAGUGCAAAUGACACCUUUUACAAGAAUUGUCCUGUUUUAAGAGGACAGAUGAACGUGUCUUUUAGAAAGGCAGACUCCCCCCUUUUCUUCUGCUGGUGUGUGGGACAGGCUCCAACAGUACUUGAGUUUGAACAAACGGGCCAUUCAGGCGGACCGAGGAAGGCCUGCUUGCUUGUCUGCCUGUUGCAUCUUUAGUGUGAGAAGAAGCUUUGAGCGACAACCACUAGUCUUCCUGCUUUAUAAACAUCUUCUGCUACUCCUGUGUCAGCCAUGCUAGACUAGAACCCCCUACAGAAGGACUUGUACAUCAUAGUUAUGAUCUUGUGUGUCUGAUAAUAAUUUGUAUAUGACCAGUGUUUAUAUGUAAUAACUGAAAUGAUAAGAUAAAAUAGGAUUGCCUUUCCUGGUGUUUUUUUUUUUUUUUUUUCCCCCAGAGUUCAACAACAGAGUAUCUCUGUCCAAGAGCGGCAUAUCUAAAAGCUGGGAGUUCAGCUGAUGUCUCAAGUUGGUGUCUCAAGUGGAACUAGAGCACUGUUGAUUUAUUCAUGAUUGGGUUUGGGAUUAAAGAAAUUGACCAGGAGUCAAUUUAGACUUUUUUUUUUUUCUUAACUGGUGGAGGAAAUGUAUACUUAAUAUUGUUUUAU